GCACGUGUUACUUUAUUUACAUUGAGAUGUUGUCUGCAAUUGGUCAUCAAAAUAUUGACCAAUGAAAGUGCAUGUAACAUCUGACGGGAGCACUAAGGGCAAAGUCCAUCAUAACAUUACAGACCGGAGUUGGAGAGAAAGUCAUGUCAAACGUUAGACAGAGGAAAACUGUUAAUUCAGAGGCGAAAGAAAAUAAAGCCAAGGAACAGAAGAAUGGUUCCCCGAAGAUAAACAAAAAAGAAACUGAAAAUAAAGGCUUCUACAGACAUAUUUUAAAGAGAUUCCUGAAGCAGAUCUGUGGGCUGUUAUUCUUUCUCUAUGUUAUUAUCCCUGUGUUUGUGAAAACAAAUCCAUGGAUACACUCCAAGAUGGUGUUCCUUAAUAUGGUAAGAUGGCCACCAUUUAUUGACUUGACAAAGCCAUGGGAGUUUGGACUAAGGGGAGCCAGAAACUUUUAUUUAGAUGUAAAUGAGGAGAGUAGAAUAGGCGUUUGGCAGAUUUUGGCCAACUCCUCAGUAGAAAAAGGUGGAGAUUUUGAUAAACCUUUAGGCAAUGGGAAGAAAGUUAUACUCUAUCUUCAUGGAACAACUGGGACAAGAGGAGGAUGGCACAGAGUUCAGCUUUUGAAGCUACUGGCAUCAUUAGAUUUCCAUGUAGUAGCUUUUGACUACAGAGGGUAUGGUGAUUCCAAAGGUCAUCCAACAGAGGAUGGAGUUGUGGAGGAUGGAUACUUCAUGUAUAAAUGGAUAAAGGAAAGAAGUAAAGAUUCAUCCGUCAUACUCUGGGGGCAUUCUCUUGGCACUGCGAUAACAACAAAGCUUGCCAGGUUACUGUGUAUUAAAAAUGAAGAUCCAGAUGGAGUAGUAUUAGAAUCUCCAUUUAAUAACAUCAGAGAUGCUGCUAUAAGACAUCCAUUUACUGCUUUGUUCAGAUUUAUGCCAAUGUUUAAAGAGAUAUUUAUAGACACAAUAGCUGAGAAUGGUAUCUACUUCAGUAGUGACGAGAACAUUGCUCAAGUUACAUCACCAUUGAUGAUGAUCCAUGCUGAAGAUGAUGAAAUUGUUCCUUAUGAACUGGGAAGAAAGUUAUAUGAAGCUGCUGAGAAGACCAGAAAGAUAGGCAGUGCCUCUAUAGAGUUUAUAUCAUUUAAUGCAUCUGAAGGUCUUGGACAUAAACAUAUAUUCAAAGCUCUGGAAAUACCAAAUAUUGUCAAGAAUUUUAUUCAUGAGACCUGUAGGAAGGACUGAUACUGAUCUUAUGUGAUAUACCCACAGUCUUUCUCCUCAGAAGAUCUUCAUCCUGCAUUUAUGAUUGUUCAUUUAACAUGAUAUCUUUGUGUGAAUCUUCAUGUAAUUUGUUAUUCUUAAGUUAUGUACCCCAAGCAUUUGUGCCAAAAAUGUGGGAUAUGGCUGUAUGUCUACAAUCAAAUAUUUGUGUGUUCAAUAUUAUAAGUUUUAAAAAAAUAGGUAUAUUUUGACAAUAUCCAUCUCAAAAUCCAUUUUUUCAUCAAUCCAUGCAAUUUGAUACCCACAAAUAAAUAUAAUCCAAUAAAUGCCUUUGUUUUCAACAUACCAUUAAUGCCAAAAUUUUGUCAUAUAUUUAAAUUAUUUAUAGAUGUUAAAAAAAUUGUCAGGCUCAAAACUGAUCUACAAAUAAAUAUAUCAUCUUUUACGGAUUUUUUUUUCAAAAGGGAUUGAAAAAUAUAAUGGCUUUGAUAAUAUAUGAGAGGUUAUAUUUUCUUCUAUUUGAAGGGUGGUAGUAAGGAUAUGGUUAUAAGGGGUUCUGUUUGUACUCUUCUCUACAUAUCCCAUCUUUCACUAUAAAUCCUUGAAAAUUUUACCAAUUAUAUAGUUCUUGAUUGUAUUGUUCAUCCUUAUUAUAUUUUUUUAUCGGGAUUGUUUUAGGAUUUAUCCAUUGACAUGAAUAUUAACAUUUUAUCAUAAUGCAUCUGAAAAGGGUACAUUAAUUUGUGAGUUCUGCUAAUAAUUGAGAUCAUUUUCCUAGUUGAAUUCUAAGCAAAAUAAGUAUUUUUUUUUUUUUAAAUUUGAUACAAUUUAUACAAUAUUAGAUAUUUUAUUAACAAAAAUAGUAGAAAAGUGGUCUAAUGCUGUUUUGAAAUUGCUGUUUACAAUUUUUCUCUGUUAGAUAUGACCAUUUGUUUAUGCUUGUUAAAGAUCUGAAAAGUAAAGUGGUCAUUUUUUUAGUUGACCUCAAUAUUACUGCUUUAUAUUGAAUAUUCACGCUGCUGUUAAUUUGAAUUUUACAAUCUUUUUGUUCCUCUUAAAGAUCUGAAAAGUAAUGAUGGCUAUUUUUUUUAAAAGUUAUGAAUUGACCUCAAUGUUACUGCUGUUAUAAUUUGCUCAUGUUAGUCAGUUAGUAGCUGAGUUACUAAACGUUUUGUUAAUGCUAGGAUAAGCUCUGAAAAGUAAUGAUGGCUAUUUUAGCCAUUUAAGUUACAAUUGAUAUGAAAUGUUUAACGUGUUCCUACUGUUAUCAUAUUUAUCAAAUGUUUGGAACAAGUUUGUUUUAAAAUUAUUGAUGUAAAUAUUUUUAUCUACUUUUAUGAAAAUCAAUUUUUUAGGUACUUAAUGAUCUUGGAAUAUACAUUCCAUUAUAAAAUAGUACCAUUGUUUUUAUAUAUAAAAUCCUGUAGAUCUGAGUUAACCAUUUAUCGCUGUUAAUGCUACUGUUUUGUGGGAAAAGGAGUAGGUCCGGUAAGGACCGAUUUUGGCCUCAAAUUUCAGGUUCAUCUGACGAAAUAUUUUGAUAACUUAUUAAACACUGAAGUGUCUAUUUCAUUUGAAUCAAUUUGUUUAUGUGAAAGAUUUAAACUGAUUAAGUCAUUAAAAACCAUCCGAUUCAAGCUCAAAUAUGAAAAUCUACUAAAUAUGCAAGAAAAUGUCACUUUUCA